AUGAACAUCAUAAAAGUGGAUAUAGAUAAGAGUUGGAUCUCAAAGCCACGAGGUAGUGUCGAAUACAAGGCCGGGUUGAACAAAUUUUUGGAUUUCGCAUUUGCGAAUGCAUCAUCCGAUGGGAUGAUACAUUGUCCAUGUCCUUUGUGUGGGUUCCGGCUAUUCCAAAAUAGAGAGGAUGCUUAUGAUCACUUGCUAUUAAAACCGUUUCCUGCUAAGUAUACUUUUUGGUUACAUCACGGGGAGAGACGCGUAGGAGACAGUUCUACUGAGACACAAGAAGUUGACCCUGGUAGCGUCUACCGAGAUCCACUGCGCGACAUGGUUCGUGAGGCAUUCAACUUUCCAGGUUCUGUUGUCGAUGAAGAUGACUCGGGCAACAAAGAUGUUGAGGGGGAUGCCGAAGAAUUGCCUUAUUUGUAUAGCGAACCUAGUCAGGCGGCCCGUCAUUUUGAUGAGCUGCUUGAGGAUGGAGAGCAGGAAUUGUAUCCGGGUUGUGCGAAAUUCUCGAAGUUGGCUUUCUUGGUCAGGCUAUACCAUAUAAAGUGCAUGUGCGGCGUGAGCGACAAGGCAUUCGGAAUGAUACUAGAGUUACUGUGUGAGUCCUUUGAGCAUGCAAAGAUUCCGGCUUCACUGCACGAUGCCAAGAGGAUCAUACGAAAGCUCGGUAUUGCGUACAAGAAGAUAGAUGCAUGUCCGAAUGACUGCAUGCUAUAUCAUGGCAGCGAUCAAGAACUGUCUAGGUGCAAGAUAUGUGGGACCUCGAGAUGGAAGCAAAAGAGUAGGAGGAAUUCCGUUGUCCGGAUCAACGUGGUUGUUAAGAAGAAUGAAAAGCCGCAGGCGGCGAAAGUUCUUCGUUACUUUCCCCUUGUUCCACGACUGCAGCGGAUGUUCAUGUCCAGUAAGACAUCUGUUGACAUGUUGUGGCACAAGAAAGGUCCUAACUCGGAUGGUUUUUUGAGGCAUCCACGAGACGGAGAGGCAUGGAAGGCAUUUGAUAGAAGAUAUACUCACUUCAGUGGCGAUCCACGCAGCGUUCGCUUAGCCUUAGCUAGUGAUGGCUUUAAUCCCUUCGGAAAUCUCAGCUCAAGGUACUCGAUUUGGCCCGUGAUUCUCAUCCCCUACAACCUGCCCCCAUGGAGUUGUAUGAGACCCAGCUCUUUCUUGCUGUCUAUGAUUAUCCCCGGUCCCAAGAUGCCUGGUAAUGACAUAGAUGUCUACUUACAGCCGCUGAUAGAUGAGUUGAAGCAGCUGUGGGGUGGUGUUGAUACGUACGACGCUAGCGAGAAAAAAACAUUCAAGCUGCAUGCUGCGUUGUUGUGGACAAUCAGCGAUUUUCCAGGGUUGGGCAACUUAUCUGGGUGGAAUACGUACGGUGGGAGAGCAUGUCCUACGUGCAACCUGGAUGCCGAGUCUAAGCGACUCACGUUUAGUCAGAAAUGGUGUUUCAUGGGUCAUCGGCGCUUUCUGAAUCAAAGCCACAGAUUUCGGCAGGACCGGGUCACGAUCAAUCGACCAUUGCGUGUCGAUGAUCGACCGAGUGAAGAUGCGACUAAUAACGCGACCAGCAUGUUCCCACUAAUUGGCAAAGCGGUAGGGGCUUCCGAGAGUUUGAAUCUUUCACCAACCGAGAGACUUCAAGCACAUCGUCACGUAUUGGUCAAUUGCGCAGGUGUAGAGAAUUUCUUAGAGGAUUUUAGGGCUAGUAGAAAAAGACAGCUACGAAGUAUUGGCAAAAGAAAUGAAGCCUACAUUGACAGGGUUGUCCAUAGAGAAUUCGCCGAGUGGUUCAAGAAUGAGAUACCACUGGGAAGUACGAUGCACCCGAGAGAAUUGCAGUGGCUCGCAUGUGGCCCCAAUAUUCAGGCAAAGCGCUUUAAGGCGUACAAUGUCAACGGAUUCAAGUUUAGAACACUAUCAAGAGAGGAUGGAAUGAGAACCCAAAAUAGCGGGGUUUGUGUCACAUCUGACACUAGAAGAACGUAG